AUGCAUCAGGGCCAUCCGUACAUGCAGUAUGCCCUUUACCAGGCGCAGCAGCCGGCGAUGAAGCCGUACCCGACGGUGGCGCCGGUCUCCCCUGAGACGAGGAGCAUGCUGACCCUCCUCGAGAACCUCUUCAAACCUGAGUUGCGUGAGAAGGCCAUUUUAGAUCUGGCAAGGCACCGUGAGUCAUUCCCGCUUCUCGGCCCCGCCCUGUGGUACGGCGUGGGAACUAUGGCGAUUCUACUGCAGGAGAUCAUCUCUGUCUACCCGCUCCUGAGUAUUCCGCAGCUCCUCGCAAAGGGGACGACUAGUCGAGUUGGUAGUGUGCUUACGCUUCUGCAGACUGUCGCAUUCCACGAUUCAACACGGCGUGUUUUUCUUGAGGCCCAAAUUUGCCUCUUCCUCUAUCCGUUUCUUCGCGGGUCGAAUGAGAGUGCGGAGGGUCUUCGCCUCACAUCGCUUGGUGUCAUUGGCGCCCUUGUGAAGACAGACGACAAGGAUGUAAUGCGCUACCUCCUCGGCACAGAGAUAUUUCCCCUCUGCCUGAGAAUCAUGGAGACCGGAACGGAGUUCUCAAAGACGCUGGCGACUUUCAUUGUGCAGAAGCUGCUGUUAUCGGAACUGGGUCUCCAAUACGUCUGCCAGACACCAGACCGAUUUACUGCGGUUGCCACAGUGCUGCGUAGCAUGGUCAACUCGAAGGACUGCAGUGCACGCCUUCUUCGUCACAUCAUUCGUUGCUACUUGAGACUUUCAGAGAACCCGCGUGCUUGUGAUGCGCUGAGCCGAUGCUUGCCAGAGGAGAUGCGAAACGACACGUACAAACAGGCAUUGGAAAGCAACCCUAAUAUGAAGAAGUGGUUGCUCCAACUACUCGUAAACAUUGGCGACGAAGGAGCAAAGAGAAUUGUUGAAGGAAACGUAAGUGCGUAG